GCCCUCAGAAAUCAUUCGAUGCUUCUUCGUUUUGAUUUUUAACAGGACGAUGGUUAUCGCUAAUUGCUUCAUAAGAACAAGGAGGUCUAUGCUUGAGUUUAGUUUUCAAAUCAUUGUCAGCUGAUUGUGAGUUUGUAAAGCGGCAUCGUUCCCCUUAUUCACAUUCGAAUGGAAACGUGUUUUCUGUUCUGAUCUUCCACAAGGCAUAUGAUAUUAUUGAAAUCUGAUUUGCUCUAAAUCGUACGAUAUUGUCCGUCGUCUGGUAGUGAUCUGAGUUUUUUUAAUUUUUCCAAUAAUCCCAUUAUCUCUUGCUAACAGUAGCAGCUGGCUACUAUAAUUAUUGAGUUCUGUGUCUUCCGUAUGUCAUUAAUAGAAGAUCUUUUGUAAACAAAUACUCUGUAUGUGGCUGUGCUUUAGUUUUUGCAUCGUGUUACAAUGGCCCAGUCGAAUCACAAAGAAUCUCUACAGGAAAAGUUUGAUUCCACUUUUCAGCACAUUUUAAGCGAACUGACUUCGCGAACGGCGGAUCCAGGAACGACGGAAGCGUUGAAUCACUUUCGAUCCGUGCUGGAGGAAAAUGUGCCUCAUGGAAAAAAGAAUCGCGGACUGUCCGUGGCGGAAACAUAUAAACUGCUCAUGAAACAUCCGCACAUUCCCGAAGAAAACGAUCUGCAGGCUGUUAUCCUAGGAUGGUGUGUAGAAAUGUUGCAAGCAUUUUUCCUUGUUGCGGAUGAUAUUAUGGACCAGUCGCACACGAGACGCGGAAAGCCUUGCUGGUUUAGAAAUAAAGGAGUUGGGUUGAUGGCAAUUAAUGACGCUUUUUAUCUGGAAAACGCCAUUUACGCCUUGAUAAAAGCCCAUUUUGAUGGGCUUCCUUGUUAUGUGAAAAUCCUGGAAUUAUUUCAUGAAGUUACAUUACAAACGAUAACUGGCCAGUGCUUGGACAUGGUGUUUUCUCGACCAGAUGAACCGGUAGACUUUACGAAAUACACGCGAGAAAACUAUGAUGCCAUUGUCAAGUUCAAAACAGCGUAUUAUUCCUUUUACCUUCCGGUUGCCCUUGCGAUGUACUUGGCCGGGAUAUAUGAAACUGAUUCACAUCAAAGGGCAAAAGCAAUUCUUUUAGAGAUGGGACAUUUUUUUCAAGUUCAGGACGAUUACUUAGACUGUUACGGUGCACCGGAAGUUAUAGGGAAAAUAGGAACGGAUAUUCAAGAUAAAAAAUGCAGUUGGCUAAUUGUCCAGGCUUUAGAACGCGGCACUCCCGAACAUAGAAAGAUUUUAGAGACAAACUAUGGAAUCGAUAAACCGGAAUGUAUUUCGCGCAUCAAGCAGGUUUACGAAGAUCUAGGAAUGCGCGAAGUAUUUCUCCAGUAUGAAGAAGAAUCAGCAUUUCGCAUAACAGAGCUAAUUGAACAACUGUGUGGAGAUCUGCCCCAGUCGAUAUUCCUUGCAUUUUUCCAAAAGAUCUUCAAAAGGCAAAAAUAGAUACUUUCAUUUUAAUUGUCGAGGCGUGUGGAAUUUGCACAUUGAGAGUUUGUUUAGAUUUUGUUUAGAGUCUCAGUUAAUUAUAGCAAGUCGUAUAUUGCACUGCUUAUAGUGUAACGUGAAGUCCACUAGUCGCGAAAAUUCCGAACAGACAGAUUUAUCAUUUAUUUAUUUCGGUUUCGGCAUUACUAUCUGUCAAAUAUAAAACUCUCAGGCAAUUGUCAGCAUCGGUGCGUAUGUCCAUUUGGGGAACACUCGCUUAUAUAAUUUUAAUAAAACUGUGUCAGA